CCUCCUCGCUGCCUCGUCUUUCCCAGGACGUCUGCCAAGAUUACGAGCUGAGGGGGGAGGAGGGGGGACGAGGGAGUUAGAGAGAGCAGCCGACACAAAGGAGGAGAGAGAGGAGGGGAGAGAGACAUUCACAAUGCAUGAGACACCAGAGAGGAGGGAGUUCUAGCAGCAGGUUUCUGGAUGCAGCCUCACAUCUUAAUACAUUCCUGCUCUGGGAGUCAGCUGACGGAGGUGAGGAGGUCCAGCAGCAGCAGAAAGGGGGCCGGCCUUCCUCCUCCUCCUCGCCUGGAAGGACUUUUGCAAUGCUGACUUUGCCCGGCGGACUUUGUGCUCCGGCUGCAGCGUUCAGGACUCAUUGGCUCUGAGCUCGGCGGCAUGCAGGACGUCCCGGAGGAGUGGACGGAGGACGGGGGGACGGGGGAGAGGAGCAGGAGGACGAUGGGGGAGCCGGAGGUGAAGGGUGAGGAGACCCUGAUGAUGGAGCUGACCAGGCUGGUCCAGAAGACGGUGAAGGAGAGCAGCUGGUGGGAGAGGAGGGGAGUCGACUGCAGCAUCCUGGCAGCAGCGUUCGUCAGCCUGCCGCCCGCCUUCUUGUUACUUGGCUCCUCCCACUUCCUGUGGUUUUCGGCGGGCAUGCUGCUGAUGGGCGUGGCUCACGGCAUCAUCACCGUCAAAGGGACUCACCUGGCCAGCCAUGGGGCACUGAGCGAGUCUCAGGCCUGGGCCAAGUUCUGGGCCGUCUUCUUCAUCGAGGUCUGCGGCUCGUUCUCGGCUCCGGCCGGCGUUAAGGGUCACAUCAAGAUGCACCACGCUCACACCAACGUCAUCGGCCUGGGCGACUCCAGCGUCUGGAAGGUGCCUUUCCUGCCUCGGUCCAUCUACCUGUUUGUCGCCCCGCUGGCCGUCCCCAUCAUCACCCCGCUGGUCGCCCUCGCUCACCUCAGGGGUCACUCGGCGGUGCUGGUGUUGAGGACCGUCGCCAUGGUAACGCUGGGCCUGUAUUCCCAGUACUGGCUGCUGAUCAACGUCUCUGGCUUCACGUCGCCGCUCAGCGCUCUGCUCUGCAUGCUGGUCUGCAGGGCCAUGUUCUCCGUUCCCUACAUCCACGUCAACAUCUUCCAGCACAUCGGUUUGCCGAUGUUUUCUCCGACUCGCCGUCCCAAGAGGAUUUACCAGAUGACCCACGGAGUCCUGAACCUUCCUCGUAACCCGCUGCUGGACUGGAUGUUCGGACACUCGCUGAUCAACUGCCACGUGGAGCAUCACCUCUUCCCCUUCCUGUCCGACAACAUGUGUCUGAAGGUGAAGCCCGUCGUGUCCAAGUACCUGACGGAGAAGCAGCUUCCCUACCAGGAGGACGGCUACCUGUCCAGGCUGCAGCUCUUCUUCAACAGGUACCAGGAGCUCAUGGUGUUCGCUCCGCCCAUCACCGAGCUGGUCGGCGUCCAGUGACGAAAGAGGAGGAGGAAGAAACCGUUUGGACUCUGAAGCACAAACGUUUCAGCCUCCGGAGUUCAGGUUUGAGCCUCGGACACACAGAACAGACUGAAUCAGCGUUCCGAUGAAUUAAUGAAUAUCCUGCACUUCUAGAGACGAUUUAACACAAAGAUGCACCAACCACUGAGCUGAUUGUGAUCAUUGGGAGCACUUGAACUGACCUGGGGUCUGUCUCAUGAAGCAAAUACAACCAGGUUUACUGAAGCUUCUCCCUGCUGAUUUACUAUUAACCUGCAGUAAGAUUCAGAGUUUAACCCUCGUGUCGUCCUGCGGGUCAAAAUUAACCCGUUUUAAAGUUUGAAAA